GAGAGAGAGAGAGAGAGAGAGAGAGAGAGAGAGGCUGGAAGCUGUUCCUCCGUGAGCAGUGAACAGUAUGCGCGAGACUCCGGAGCUGCGCGCCACAGACACACACCGACCUGCCUGAGAGACACACACACACCGACCUGCCUGAGAGAGACACACACACCGACCUGCCUGAGAGAGACACACACACCGACCUGCCUGAGAGAGACACACACACUCCGAGAGCAAAGAGACAGAUCGCGAAGGUUUUUUUCUUCUUCUCUGGGGGACAAACCCGACUUUGGUGGGGACGCGCGCGCGCUGAAUAAUUCUUAUUUCAUUUUUUUUUUAUUAUUGGUAUUAUUUUGUUUUGCAUUUUGCGCGCGUGAAAAAAAGUGUGUGAUGAUGAGAUGAGGAGAAAGGCAUAUGGAAGUGGAACAUCAUCAUCGUCACCAUCAUCCGUGGAUGCUGAAGACGCCAGAACGCGCUCGGGGUUUCCUCUGCUGCGCCGUCACCGAGUGUGUGUGAGUGUGAGAGAGAGUGUGUGUGUCUGAGAGAGAGAGAGAGAGAGAGAGAGAGAGAGAGAGAGAGAGAGAGAGAGAGAGAGAGAGAGAGAGUGUGUGUGUGUGUGUGUGAGAGAGAGAGAGAGUGUGUGUGUGUGAGAGAGAGUGUGUGUGUCAGUGCGAGGUGCACAGCUUCAGCACCGGAUCUACACACAGCUCACAGCAAGAGAAACGUGGAUCUGGGAUCGUGCUUGUGUUUUUUUCUUUUCGGGAAUCUUUCAUUCUGAAUUUCGGAUAACUGACCGCGUAGGAGUGUGAUUUCCGACACACACACACACACACACACACACUAGCGGACGGAGACGUACUGAGUGUGGGGAGUUCACACACAUCCCGGAUCAGGUUAACGAUGCCCCGCAGCGUAAUGAACUCGCUGAUGUUGUCCUGGACGUCCCUCUUCCUUGUCCUGUCCUUCUCAGUCGCUCCUUCUCUCAGCUCCAUCAUGUACCAUCUGCGGGAGGAGCAGCCCCCCAACACACUCGUGGGCAGUUUAGCGUCAGAUCAGGGACUUCCUGAUUCCGGUCACUUGUACAAACUAGAGGUCGGCACGCCGUACCUGCGUGUGGACGGGAAGACAGGAGAUAUUUUUACCACAGAGGUUCCUAUAGACCGUGAGACACUAAAAGACUGUCGGAACCUGUUUGAGGGCGACCCAUGCUUCCUGGAGUUUGAGGUGUCCAUCACAGAUCUGAUGAAAGGUUCUGGUCCACGACUCAUCGAAGGCAGAAUCGAGAUCCAAGAUGAGAAUGAUAACACACCACAGUUCUCGUCACCCAUCCUAUCCAUAACUAUUCCUGAAAAUACCCCUGUUGGGGCACUGUUCCCCAUCCCCGUCGCCACCGAUAAGGACACGGGCAGUAACGGGAUUGCAGAGUACUCGCUAACGACGGGCUCUGACGCAGCGUCUCUGUUCAGCCUGCAGGUGGCGGAAAACGCGGAUGAAAAAGUGCCGCAGCUGAUCGUGAUGGGGACUCUGGAUCGUGAACAACGCGACUCGUACGAUCUUAAUAUUAAAGUGGUGGACGGUGGAAAUCCUCCACGCUACAGCAGCGCCCUCCUGAGGAUCACCAUCACUGACACCAACGAUAACAUGCCCAAAUUCGAGCGCACGCACUACGAAGGGGAACUUGCAGAAAACAGUCUUGUGGGUCACUCCGUCCUACAGGUGAAGGCCAAUGAUGCUGAUGUCGGAGAUAACGGCAUGCUCACAUACACCAUACAUCUGCCACCGCCUCAGGUCCAGCGCCUCCUCAGCAUCGAUCGAAACACCGGCAUCAUCUACGUCAAAGGUCCAGUGGACCGUGAGGAAGUGAAUUUGCUCAAAUUCUAUGUCCAAGCUAAAGACAACGGUCCACAGCCUAAGACCUCCAAAGUCCUGGUGACCAUCACAGUGAAAGACAAGAAUGACAAUGAACCGUCCAUCUGGAUCCGUGGAUUUGCUCUGGUGGCUCAUGAGGACGGAAUUGCUAACAUUUCUGAGGACAUGCCUGUAGGAACUCCAGUGGCUCUGGUGGAAGUGACGGAUCGAGACGAGGGCGAAAAUGCAGUGGUGACUUGUGUGGUGGCGGGAGAUGUACCUUUUCAGCUUCGCUCAGCAUCCGACACAGGAAGCCGGAGGAAGUAUUUCCUGCAGACAACAACACCACUGGAUUAUGAGCGGGUCAAAGAAUACAGGAUUGAGAUUGUAGCUGUUGAUUCAGGAAACCCAGCACUUUCCAGCACCAACUCACUAAAGGUCCAAGUAACAGAUGUGAAUGAUAAUGCUCCAGUUUUCUCUCCCUCUGUGUAUGAGGUGGAAUUUCCAGAGGAGAAUCAGCCACGCGAUAAAGUUUUGGAUGUAGUGGCCACUGAUGCAGACAGUGGCACCAAUGCAGAACUCACAUACAAUAUUAUCUUAGACUCAGCCAUCAAGGGGCUCUUCGAAAUCAACCGUAAUACAGGAGAGGUCAGAGUGAUGGACCAGUUAGACCGUGAACAGAGAGAACGCUAUGAGUUUCACGUUGAAGCCUCUGAUAAGGGGGUUCCCAGCAUGAGGGGAACUGCAACAGUGGUGGUUAAUGUCCUUGAUCGCAAUGACAAUGAUCCCAAGUUUAUGCUAAGUGGCUACACUUUCUCUGUCCUGGAAAACAUGCCUGCGCUCAGUCCAGUGGGAAUGGUGACUGUCACGGAUGUGGACAAAGGUGAAAAUGCUCGGGUUCAUUUAUCGGUAGAACCAGACAACGGCAAGUUUGUCAUUCAGAACGGCACAUGUACCAUCCUCUCAAGAAUUUCCUUUGAUCGAGAAAAGGAAAGUACCUACACGUUCCGUCUAAAAGCUGUAGAUGGAGGUGAUCCUCCUCGUUCGUCUUAUGUGGGAAUUACAAUAAACGUCCUAGAUGAAAACGAUAAUGCCCCUUACGUCACCAAACCUUCUAACUCCUCAUACAAGUUCCUUCCACCAUUAACAAGCCCAGAUACACGUGUGGAGAAAGUGGAUGCAGAGGACAUUGACACGGGAUCGAAUUCCGAUUUAGAAUACACCAUCAUGGGUGGAAAUCCUCAUGGACUUUUUCGCAUUUCUCCAACAAGUGGUGAAAUAACACUUAUCAAAGAAUUCACAAGGAAGCAUAAUGGCCUUCACCGCCUGGUCGUAAAAGUCAGUGACUUGGGAAAACCUGCCAAGCACACCAUCGCACUGGUCCACAUCUUUGUAAAUGAGACAAUUGGAAACAUCACACUGGUGGAGUCACUAGUUGGCCACAGCCUCUACACUCCUCUGGACAGGGACAUUGCUGGUGACCCAGAAUACGCCCGCGUCCAGCAGAGCAACAUUGUGUAUGGAAGCCUGGCAGGCAUCGCUGGGGUCAUCCUGGUCAUUGUGGUGGUGGUUGUUAUCCAGCACCGUCUGCAGAAGGGACCCAAAAGUGGAUACCAAGCAGGGAAGAAAGAAUCCAAAGAUCUCUACACACCCAAGCAAGGAACCAAAAGCAGCAAGGGCAAAAAGAGCAAAAAGGGCAAGUCUCCAAAACCAGCAAAGUCCUUAGAGGAGGACGAGGAGGCAAGUCUUCAGAAAGGCUUAAACUUCAAUCUGAUGAGUGACAAUGAUAGUCCCAGGAUACAUCUGCCACUCAAUUAUCCUCCCGGAAGCCCAGAUUUGGGGAGACACUAUCGUUCUAACUCCCCUUUGCCUUCCAUCCAGCUGCAGCCACAGUCCCCUUCAGCUUCCAAAAAGCACCAGGCAGUUCAGGAUCUUCCGGCUGCAAACACCUUCGUAGGGACCGGAGACAGCAACUCCACCGGUUCUGAUCAGUAUUCGGAUUACAGCUACAAGACCAACCCUCAGAAAUACAGCACCAAACAGCUGCCGCACCGCCGAGUGACCUUUUCAACAGCCAAUCAGGCACAGGAUCUGCAGGACUCCUCCCAGCACAGUUACUAUGACAGUGGAUUGGAUGAAUCAGAAACACCGAGCAGUAAAAGUUCUUCGGGGCCAAGGAUCGGACCGUUGGCGCUACCCGAGGAUCACUAUGAGAGGACAACACCGGAUGGCAGCAUCGGAGAGAUCGAACACCCCGAGAGUGAUCUGAGGUCGCUUCCCGACGUGGCGAUGACGGGAAACUGUACUCGUGAGUGCAGCGAGUUCGGACACUCAGAUUCCUGCUGGAUGCCGUCUCCAAACCGCAACAACAAAAUCUCCAAGAGUGCUUCAAAGCUCUCAACCUUUGUGCCUUACCAAGAGCGGGAGGCUCAGGAGACACUGAUGGCCAAUGGAAGCCCCAAGCCCAUGGGGGAGGAACUUGGGGGCGGGGCCACAAACAAAAUGCCCAGCAUCCGCUUCAUGGCCCCUUACACUAGUGCCUACUCUGCAGGUGGUGAGGGGACAAAGGAGUGUGCCAUGGAAGAAAUCCCACUGAGUCAAACAGCAGCGACCACACCAUCCAGCCAGGGGUCCAAGAGAGAGAUUUACCUGUGAAGAGUGAAAUGAGAUUUUGAGUGGGGGGUUGUUUAGAGGUCAUCAGGGUCAUCACCAUCAACCCAAGUGCACACAGGAUUUACAGCAAGACCAAAACACUGGAACUGGUCAGUCAGUAACUGGUCAGCUAAAGAGAUCAGUCAGGUUUAAAUCAUUGGGGACCUAAACAGCAGAAGGUCCUCAUGAAGGUCAUCAGGGUUGUUCAGGUCAUUAGGCUCAUUAGUAUUCCUUUACUCCACUUGAGUGUGCUUGAUAUUAAGACUGACAAAAAACGCUGAAUGUGAAGAUUCAUUUUUGGAUAAAUUUAGGGAUUCUACCGUUGGAAUUUGGACAAAUGAAGCUGUAAUAAAUUCUGUUAUUACUGACAUCAACACACACCCCAAGCAACUAACCAAUCUCUCACCAUGACCUUAACCGUGACCUGAACACACUCUGCGUGUCAGAAGGAACACUACCACCAUCAUGCUUCUCCUGUUCUUUUACUUCAUUUCCUGUUCUUGUAUCUGUUUUGUACUGACGCAGCUUUGGGAGUCGACUUUGGGAAUCACAUGAAGGAUCAAUUUUAAACUCUGCUUUUAUCUCUGAUUCAGAAUGUAAACAUUUUUAAUCCAUUUUUGGUGAUAAUUUAAUAUAUGCUGUAUAGGAACAGAUAAACAUGAGUUUAGGUUAAAAUACAUAAGUGUAAGUGCACAGAGUGUCUGCUUACGCCAGCUGAAGGACACACACUGAACACACACUGUGUUUAUUUUAGAUGUAGAAAGAAACACUCUCUCCUGGUGUACAGUGCUGUAAAUAUGCUCUGGCCAUUUGUGUGUGUGUGUGUGUGUGUGUGUGUGUGUGUGUGUGUGUGUGUGUGUGUGUGUGUGUGUGUGUGUGUGUUUGGAAAACGAUGGAUCUUCACCAAAAACGCUGUAAUUGGGACAAAACCAAUGGCCUGGGGUUGACAGUGAAUAGAAAGCAGCAGGUCGGUGUGAUGCGUUUAGUCAGGACUGAACUGUUGCCAUGUUGUCCUUCAGGCUCCAGCGUCAGGGUCGCCAUGGACACCAGGUGGCUCCCAAAACACACUUUAUACCACAAACUGUCUCUCUGUGUCAAAAUACACAGCCAGCAAGUGUGAGGAUGCAAGAGCUGUCUAAAAAAGUCUCACAUUCAUGAGUGUGUGAAUGUGUGAGUGUGUGAGAACAAAAGAGGAGACUUCCUGCGCUGUGAUUGGUGGAUUAGGUGAUUGGACACACAGUGUGAUAUUCUACACUCCAUGAACAAAGCAAUCAGUUAAAGAGAAUGAUGUGUACAGUUUAAGACAAUGAAGUGUGUUUUUUUUGUGUUAUAGCUGGAAUAAACCACAUUUCUGGGUCUUCAAACACAGACACACACACACACGUGUGUGUGUGUGUGUGUGUGUGUGUGUGUGUGUGUGUGUGUGUGUGUGUGUGUGUGUGUGUGUGU